GUACAGUACUUACCUCUGACUAGAAACAUGUUCGAGCCUGCCCGCCUUUGGUGUCAAAUGAUUGAGGAAGGAGGCCUGCUAAAUUGACUGGUUGUGUCCUUGAACUCCGAGUCAGGUCUGAGGCUAGAGGUAGGUCCUGCCAUACCAUGUUGCUUCCAAUUGCAAAGAAUUCAUCUGCAGGGUAGGUACCUAGGUAGAUGCGCUCCCGCGUACUAUGUAAUUUACGUAUGUGUGGUAUCCCAGCACGACGGGACCCAGGUACCGGGUAGCUCCAAAUUUAGGUACCUGCACUGGGAAAAUCCGAUUUUGUCUGGACCAACCUUCGUCCUCACAGUCAGCCACAACAUCCCGCCGGCUGAUAUCCAGCAGUUCUGGUUCGAAUAUGUUGGCAAUUCGGUAAAAAAGGCCACAACUUUGGAGCUUUCAACGAGCAGGCUUCCUGAUUAUGGCUGCGUGGGUGGUAAGGGCUGGCCCGCGAUGGCUUCGAACAAGUCGCCAUCAGACCACUCUUGGGCAAGGGGCAGGGGCAGGGGCAAUCACAUCAGGGACGAGGCAAGCAUUGCGCUGCUCAGCACCGUUCCCGAGGGCGAACGCCUCUUCUCAGGCAAAGCCGAGGGCAUCCCGGAAUCUCAAACCAGCACCAGCAACCCCCAAGGCAGAACCAGGGAAACGAAACCCUGCCUUGCAGACCUCCCCGCCACCCUCGCAAAAUAGCCAGGGGACAGCCCCGAUUGAUGCCAUCUUCCAACAGCGCAAACUGCCCCUAGUAGGCGCAGGCUUUGCCGCCUUGUGCCUCGGGCUCUACGUCAGCCUGCUCGUCUCGUCAUACAUGAAGUCCCCGGCACCUAGCUGUACAUGUGAGCACCCGUCAACGGCAGGCGCCGAUGGCGAGCCCCUGCCGCCGACGGGACGCCCGCCGGCCGUCGAUGCAGCAAUGCCGGGUCGGGAAAGAGCUCGCCAGUCCGCCUCGGCCUUCGACAAGGGCCUGGACGUGCCGGAGUGGCUGAUGGGCAUCACGGGUCUGCGAAAGCGACUCGCUGCCGGCGCGAGGGGCCAUGUGCUGGAGGUGGCGGUGGGUACGGGGCGCAAUCUGGCGUACUACGACUGGGCCGAGGUGGUGGCCGCGACCGAGGAGCCCGCUCUGCAGGGCACGGAGAAGCCGAAGUCGUCGCCGGCCAGUCCGGAGGGCGGGGUGCUCAGCUUCACGGGCGUCGACAUCUCUGCGGACAUGAUGAGCGUCGCGCGCACGAGAAUCCGAGACGCGGUACCUGUCCUGAAGAAGUUGAUGAGGCGGCGUCGUGUCGAGCCCAUGCCGGAGGCCGGGGGUACGGUUGUGGAUAUCCUCGACAGCCGCAUUCGGCUGUGCAUCUCGGAUGCGGAGCAGGCACUGCCCGCGCCGCCCGUUGUGAAUGCAGGCAAGACGGGUGCGAAGCCCGCAAGCAAGUACGACACUGUACUCCAGACUUUUGGACUGUGCAGUGUCUCCGAUCCUGCAAAGCUUCUGUCUAAGAUGGCAUCCAUGGUCCAGCCAGGGUCCGGACGCAUUGUCCUAUUAGAGCACGGCCGGGGGUGGUACGAUUGGGUCAAUGGUCUGCUCGACGAAUACGCUGAUCCGCACUUCAAACGGUAUGGGUGCUGGUGGAAUCGGGACAUCGAAAACAUCGUCCGCAAGGCGGCGCAGAAAGUGCCAGGGCUCGAGGUGGUGAAUAUCGAGCGGCCGCUGUUCAUGCAGAUGGGAACCACCCUCGUGAUUGAGCUACGAGUGAAGUCGACUGGGGAGGAAGAUGCCACGAUUACUGGGACACCAAAUACGGCGCCUUAGAGGGUCAUAAUCUACCUUACUGUAUGUUAUGUGCAUGUAUGUAUAUUUUUCAUACUUGUAUAUCGAGAAGUGAGACCCGUGGGUAUCACCGCGGUCCUCUCGUCGCCAAGGCAAUGAAUGCUUCAUAUGUUCAUUCAAAAUCUGUGAUUCCGUGCUGGCUAUCUUAGGCUUCGCCUGUGAUUGAAUGUCAUAACAGUUGUGUAUAUACGGAUGUAUUAG